AAAGCGUCGCUUCGUGCUAGUAUGCGAAAACUUGUGUUAUUUAACUUUAAUUGGAAAACCAUCUCUUUGUCCAACGCCGACUCCCUGAGCCACUGACACGGUGACGCCACACUCACGAACGGCGAAACCCCACCAGGCCACCACGCACAACCGCUCCAACCAUGGACGCCGGCGCCGCGCGUCCAUCGGCACCGUCGACCGCCGCAGUCGCGGGGGCCUCCGUCGCGGACGAGCCCCGGGACGCGCGGGUGGUGCGGGAGCUCCUGCGCUCCAUGGGUCUCCGCGAGGGCGAGUACGAGCCCCGCGUCGUGCACCAGUUCCUGGACCUGGCCUACCGAUACGUCGGAGACGUGCUCGGGGACGCCCAGGUCUACGCCGACCACGCCGGGAAGGCUCAGAUCGACGCCGACGACGUUCGCCUCGCCAUCCAGGCCAAGGUCAAUUUCUCCUUCUCCCAGCCGCCGCCGCGCGAGGUUCUCCUUGAGCUGGCCCGUAGCCGGAACAGAAUGCCGCUGCCCAAAUCAAUCGCUCCUCCUGGCUCGAUUCCCCUCCCACCUGAGCAGGACACACUGUUGGCCCAGAACUACCAACUCCUGCCUCCGUUGAAGCCGCCACCUCAAUAUGAGGAAAUAGAGGAUGAGACUGAAGAACCAAACCCAAGUAACCCGGCGAAUUCUAAUCCAUCCUAUUCGCAGGAUCAGAGUAGUAAGGAGCAGCAACAGCAGCACACUCCUCAGCAUGGUCAGAGGGUUUCCUUCCAACUUAAUGCUGUGGCAGCUGCAGCUGCAGCUGCAAAGCGUCCUCGGAUGGCCAUUGACCAGCUGAACAUGGGCUAACCGUUUCGUCGGUUAGACUGUAGUAUCUUUCCCCCCACCCUCUAGUCUGGUGAAUCAUGUUUUGAAGAGAUAGUGCUGUAGUGGUAUAUGCUCUUACUGACUACCACCCACAUAUUUAACCACGAGAUGUGCAGUCCAACAGCACCAGCAGCAUAAGUUUCUGCCUGCAAGAACGUUGCUGGAGGGAAGGAAGGAAAGUGACUGUUCUACAGUUCUAGUAGUGUAUUUUGUACUUGCACACUAAAAGGUUAAUAUCUGCUAGUGUAAUUUUA